AUGGCCAAGCGGCAGGUCAGCGUGGCCCUGCUGGGCCCUGAGGGCUGCGGCAAGACCACGGCGCUGGCGAAGCUGUGCGACCUGCAGGGCGCCUUCAAGGCGGAAGAGCACAGCCAGUGCCAGGAUCUGGCCUGGGAGCUGGGUCGACCAGCUUACCGCCAUGGCUGGAUGCUGGACCGUUUGCGAGAAGAAAGAGAGCUGGGGUCCACGCUGGUGCCGGGCCUCCAGAGCUUUCAGUCCGAGAGUUGCAGCUAUUCCGCCUUCGACACGCCUGGCCGGGAGGCCCUGGCGGCCAAGUUCCUGAGCGCUGCCUCCCUGGCCGACGUGGCGGUGCUGGUGGUGUCGGCGGCGGCCGGGGAGUGGGAGCUGGCCGCGGAGAGCGGCAGAGUCAAGGAGUUGGCGCUGGAUAGUUUCACCAUGGGCAUCAAGAACGUCGUAGUGUGGGUCACCAAAAUGGAUGACUUCACCGUGCAGUUCAGCCAGUCCAGAUAUGAUGAGAUAAAGAAGGCGGUGCCAGCCUUCCUGAAGGACGUAGGCUACAAGCUGAAGGAUGUGCCGGUUGUGCCCAUAGCCGGCCUUUCGGGGCAAAAUUUGAACGCCAAGUCCACCGAGAUGCCGUGGUACGCCGGCCACUCCGCCUUGGAAUCCCUGGACGCCCUGGGGGAGAUGAACCGGCCGGCCGAGAAGCCACUGAGAUUGCCAGUGCUGAAAGUGCAUGACCAGCCAGAGGCUGGACCAGUAGUUAUAGGUCGCGUAGAGACCGGGACCAUCAGACCCGGCAUCAAGGUCAUUUUCGCGCCUGGCGGCCUUGUUGCGGAAGUUAAAUCCGUGCACAAGGCAGGCGUCAAGGCUUCAGACGCCAGAGAAGGGGAGGUGGUGAGCGUGAGUCUUAGUGGAGUGGAGGCGUCAGAGCUGCGGAAAGGGAUGGUGAUCAGCGGCAGUACGGACCCUGCCAGCGAUGCCGAGACCUUCUUGGCACAGGUGGUGGUUUUCGAGCACCCCGGGCAGAUCCGUGCGGGCUACUGUCCCGCCAUCGCCGUGCACACAACCCAGGUGCCUUGUGAGUUCGAGGAGCUCCUCAGCCGAGUGGACCGUAAGACGGGCAAGGACGCCGAGGCCAAGCCUGCCAGUGCAAGGUCUGGGGAGGUGGUCACGGUGAAGAUGCGGCCGCGGGCGCUGGUGUGCGUGGAGACCUUCAGUUCCUACCCGCCCCUGGGCCGCUUCGCCAUCCGGGACCAUGGGCGCACCAUCGGCGUGGGAGUCAUCAAGGAGGUCUCCAAAAAGGCGGUGCCGAAGAGGAGUGAGAGCUUCGACGAAUGUGUGGAGAAGCGCAAAGCGCCCAACUCCCGGCGGACCAUCUCCACUCACUGCACGGUUGGGCCCAACGGCAAGCCAUCCUUCACGGAGCUGUUCCCGCUGUCGCACCUGGAGGGCCCGGACGGGGAGCGGUACUCCCUGGUGGCGAUCAAGCUCCACACGGGCCGCACCCACCAAAUCCGAGUGCACAUGCUCUCGAUUGGCCACCCGCUCGUUACCGACGCCAAAUAUGCGGAGGAGAGGCUGACCACGGAUAGGGCCUGGUGCCCACGCAACUUUCUGCACACCUACCGACUGGCGUUCCGGGACCUGCCAACGGAGAAGGAGCUUGCAAGCACGGGCUUCGGAGACGUGCAGGAGCUGGUCACGCCUCUGCCGGCGGACCUGCGCCAGGCCAUGGAAGGCCUGAAGCCACUGGAUGAGGUCUCCCGGAGCCACUGGCAGGAUUGGCUUGCCGGAGAAGCAUCGAUGCUGAAGCCCUUCGAGAAGUAUACGGCUGAAGUUGCCGAGUGA